AGAGUUCAACUACACAGAAGAACGACGAGUGCUCGCGCAUACGAAGAGCUUGAUGAAGGAUAUUUAACUUCAACAACAACUAUAAUAUUUACAUUUGAUUAUUGACGUCAUUUUUUUAAAACUAUUUCGUUAAAAUGAGUCGAAUGGGGAGUAUGUGCACAUUUGAUGAAAUCAGAUUGGAUGACAGAGUGAACGAGUGCAGAAGACUCAGACUCACUCUACACGACCAGAACCAACAGCAGCCCAGCACAGAAAAGCCAAUUGGCAGAGCUUUUGCAUUGGUGCAGCCAACCAGUGAAAGGCAGCCACUGACGACAGAGUUGACCAAGCCAUCUGAGGAGCCCAUUGAGGUCAUCAAGGUAUAUUUGGACGAGCGUAAACAGGCACAAGCCAGACACCAACAAAGUCUAAAGAUGCUCUCAGAGGAAGUUUCACAAAUACAGGAGGUAAGAUAUUGUCUGAAGAACCUCAGGGAACAGAUGGCAGCUAAUGGUCACAGAACAGAACACAAGCUGGUGUUAGCUGGUACUGGUCCCAGAAAAGUAAACGGUACUCGUUCAGCACUCAACGGUUUAGAGAAACAGGAUAGUGUGGAUGAGCAUGAGAGAGAGAAGAUGAGGGAGGCCAGUAAGCGUCUGUAUGCUCAGCUGCAGGAGUCAGAGAAGAGGCACCAGGAAGAGAGAGAAAAUCUGCUGGAAGAGGCUAACCAGUACAAGAAGCAGUUAUCUGAGCAGAAUAACUAUCUUAAGAGGGUUCAGCAGAGCAAAGAGCAGCAGGAUCAGCAGAUCCAAGACCUCCAACGUCUCAUGAGUGGGAUGGAGCAAGAGAGCACCACCCUCAGAGACCAUCUCAUGACCAAAGAAGCAGAACUCCUGCAGAUGCGGGAACUGAAUGAGGAGGGGCAAGCAGGGAGGCAGAGAUUGGAAGAGCUGGAAAAGGAAAAUGCUAUUUUGAGAGAGAAGAUUCAUCACUUGGAUGACAUGCUCAAGAGUCAACAGAGAAAACUACGGCAAAUGAUUGAACAGCUUCAAAACUCGCGCAUGGUGAUUCAGGAGAGAGACAGAGUCAUCAGAGAGCUGGAGGAGAAUGUGGCCAUGCUGGAAGCAGAGAACAAACAAAUGCGUGAUCAGAUGGAUUACUACUUGGGGAGUCAAAGGUCAAAUUCAUACUUGCCAUCAGAUGGCAAUGCACAGAUUGUCUACAGCAAGCCUCUGAGGCCAUCCACCCAUACCCACAAGAGUCUGCCCUUCAUCAAGGUCAUUGAGAUUAAAUCGUGAAUGUUACCACAGCAACAUUACAGCACUGCUAUGACAACAGCAACAUCCUCCAAUACACAGUGCACCAUCGUAAAGCAAAAUAAAUGACCACACACCAUCAUAGGCCUUCACCAAAGGACAUUCUGUUUGCUUUAACAUCAGUUGUAUUGUCUAAAGACCUGUUUUUACAAGAGUACAUUUAACAGUGCAGACAUUGCAGUAAAAUGUACUGUUCUGUUACCUUACAUUAUUAUUAAUACUGUUACUAUUACAUUUACCGGAACAUUGAAGUACAAGUUUAUGUUUGGCAGAACAAGGGCUGAAAAUAUCCAUAAAUAUGAAGAUACGUAAAGAAAAUAAAAAUGAAGAACUCAUGUUCUCAUUAU